AUGUCGUCAACAACAACAACGACGUCAGAUACAGAACUUAUUGUAUCAUGGCAUGAAAUGUCAUUACAAAUAAAUUGUUAUUUUUCCAUAUUUUUGUUUGUAUUUGGAAUUAUUGGAAAUAUUCUUAAUAUUUUUGUUUUAUUACAAAAAUCACUUCGAUUAAAUCCAUGUGCAUGGUUAUUUCUUAUAUCAUCAUUUGCAAAUAUUAUUGUAAUAUUAUCUGGUUUAUCAACAAGAAUUAUAUCAAAUUGGACAAUCGAUUUAACAGAUACAAUAGGAUGGCUUUGUAGAUUUCGUGUUUUUAUUCUAUAUACAUCCAGAACAAUUGCAACAUGGUUAAUCUUAUUAGCAAGUAUUGAUCGUUGGCUUUUAUCAAGUUUAAAUGCACAUUAUCGAAAAUUUAGUACAUUAAAAGAAGUUCAACGUGGAACAAUUCUAAUUAUGAUUUUUUCAAUUAUUACUUAUUUACCCAUAUUUUAUUGUUAUGAAGCAAAUUUAAUUAAUACACCACUUAAAUGUUAUAGUAAAACAAUUCUAUGUCGUAUAUUUAUUGAUCAAAGUUAUAUAUGUGUAACUAUUUUAUUUCCAUUAAUCUUAAUGUUUUUAUUUGGUUUUAUGACAAUGUCAAAUGUACGUAAAUCAAAAUAUCGUGUACAAUCACCACUUUUAUCAAGAAUAAAUUGUCAUGAUCAUCGACAACGUCAUUUUAAACUUAUUGAUCGUCAUUUAUUAAUUAUGCUUCUCGUACAAAUUAGUUUUCUUGCUCUAUUAACACUUCCACAAGCUAUACAACAAAUCUAUUCAACAAUCACAAGAAAUCAAAUAAAAACUUCUCUACAUAUUCAAAUUGAAAAUUCAAUUUAUUCAUUUGUUAUAUUAUUAACUUAUUUAGCUAGUGGAAUACCAUUUUAUAUUUAUACAUUAUGUGGUGGAUGUGUUUUUCAAGAAGCUUUCUUUAUUCUUAUGAGACGUAUAAAACGAAUAAUUAUAUGUCAACAAAAAUAG